AUGGCCUUUUUCGGGUUUUCGAGGUCUAAGAUAGCAACCUUCAGCAAAGUUACGGCCUCAGUGGCUUUAGCCGGCGCAGGCGGGUGGCAUCUAUGGACAAGGCAGUGCUACUUUGAGCCAUUCGGACCCGAAAAUGACCCUAUUUUCCAAAGCGAUCACUACAAGCGGCUUAACCCGGGAAAUCAUCCGUCACUGAAAGACUCAUGCGUGCGAAAGGUGCCACUGGCCCAAAUUCCACCGGAAUUAGUCGAUGAUACGCUCAAGGGAGGUUCGAAGCUUGUCGAAAGGUUCUGUGCUGGUAUUUGGGGUGGCUACGGAUACGCCAUCCAACGAAAUGUAUUAGCUGGACUGGGAAGAGGUAACUCCAGAAAUGAUUCGAUACUGUGGGAUAAAAAUGAGCUACUGAACAGUACUUAUGAAGAAGGGACUAAUGUGACCGACCACUUCGUCGUCGUUGGGAAGAACGCUAAUUCAAUCGUUCUAUGGGGAGCAAAUGCGCCAUCGGACAAUCCAGGAGUCCCGCGGGACAUGGAGAACAUCGCGGAAGUUACCACCGAAAUCGAUAUCGACCAAGGCGUGGCCGAGUUUAGGCUGAAGAAUAUCUUCUACAAUGGAGUCCAGCGAACAUCUAAAGACCUGUUUCCGCAACCGGUCGUGUGGCUGCAUUUUCAAUAUUGCAAAUUGUUGGUUGAGGGAGGAGUGAGCCAUUGCAAGGCGUAG